AUGGAACUCAGUGCCGAGUACCUCCGGGAGAAGCUGCAGCGGGACCUGGAAGCGGAGCACGUGGAAGUAGAGGACACGACUCCCAACCGUUGCGCGUCCAGCUUCCGAGUCCUUGUGGUGUCGGCCAAGUUCGAGGGGAAACCGCUGCUUCAGAGACACCGGCUUGUGAACACUUGCCUAGCAGAAGAGCUCCUGCACAUUCACGCUUUUGAGCAGAAAACCCUGACCCCAGAGCAGUGGGCCCGUGAGCAGCAGAAAUAA